AACCGUACCGUUUACAGCUACCCUCUUUCUUAUCCUGCGCACAUGCAGCGUAUUGUAGCCAGUUCCCUAGCGUAAAAGCACCUUCAGUAGAAAAUCUGUCGUCGUUUUGGUUCUUCCUCUUUUGACUCCCAUGGAAGCUCGUCGUUACAUAAGACUGCUCUGGAGAUUCGAUCCUGUGCUUCUCAUCUCUAUCUCACUGGUCAUAUUUAAUAGUAAUUAUGUCAAUGCAGAGGUAUCAGAUAUUCGAACGAUUCGAAGAGAACUCAAAGCAGAUCGGCCCUGGUAUGAUAAGGGUACUUCAAUGGCCAGAUUCAACAAUGAUCGAGGUGAAGAGGAUAUUGACAUAAUUGCUACAUACAGUGAUGUUUCCGGUGCAGUUCGGAUUGGCAGAGUGAAAAAGAGUCACCUUUCUGCCUCAUGGAUUUUGGAAAGCCCUAGUGAUGGAGAUCAUGACUUGCCAAUUAGUUCACAGAUGGAGGGAGGUUCAUCUGAAGAUAGUGUGAGAUUACAAGAGAAUGUUGACCAGGCUAUGGGAAAUAAUCACUCUAAAGACUUUGGAUAUCGUAGAAUGACACCAAUGAGCCCAGUGAAGCUCAAGCGCCAGAUUUUGCGGCAGGAAAGGAGGGAACUCCGCACGGCACAGCUGAUUCAAGAAGAUAAAGAAAAUGAUGACAAGAUUCAAGCAACAGCAUUUGAACUGUCUAGAAGCCUUGAACCUGGUGUCAUGAAGUACAGUAUAUGGAGGAGAGAUUUUGAAAGUCCAAAUUCUGAUUCUACAUUGAAACUAAUGCGGGACCAAAUCAUUUUGGCCAAAGCUUAUGCACACGUAGCCUUGGCUAAUAAUGAAAGUAGCCUUUACAAAUCUCUUAUGCAACACUGUAGUGAAAGUCAACAUGCUAUUGGAGAUGCAACUUCUGAUGCGGAGCUUCACCCAAGUGCACUUGAUCGAGCAAAAACUAUGGGCCAUGUUCUUUCUGUAGCAAAGGACCGAUUAUAUGACUGCCCUACUGUGCAAAGAAAAUUACGAACCAUGAUUCAAUCAACUGAAGAUACUGUUAGUGCACUGAAGAAAAAAAGCUCCUUUUUGAUUCAGCUGGCUGCAAAAAUUGUCCCAAGACCAUUGCACUGCCUACCUCUGCAGCUAGCAGCAGAUUAUUUCAUGCAGGGUCAUCAUAAGAAAGAGGAUCUGAAGAAUGAAAAAUUUGAAGAUCCAUCUCUCUAUCAUUAUGCCAUCUUUUCUGACAACGUACUUGCUACGUCUGUGGUGGUUAAUUCUACUGUGCUGCAUGCAAGGGUACCUGAGAAACAUGUUUUUCAUGUAGUUACAGAUAAGCUUAAUUUCGCAGCAAUGAAAAUGUGGUUUCUUGUCAAUGCUCCAGCAAAAGCUACAAUCCAAGUUGAGAAUAUUGAUGAUUUCAAGUGGCUGAAUUCGUCUUACUGUUCUGUUCUCCGUCAACUUGAAUCGGCCAGACUUAAAGAGUACUAUUUCAAGGCAAAUCACCCUUCCUCGCUGUCUGCUGGGCUCGACAAUCUGAAAUACAGGAAUCCAAAGUACUUGUCAAUGCUGAAUCAUCUUAGAUUUUACCUUCCCGAAGUUUACCCUAAGCUAGACAAGAUCCUAUUUUUGGAUGAUGAUAUUGUGGUACAGAAGGAUUUAACACCUCUUUGGUCCAUUGAUCUGCAUGGUAUGGUGAAUGGCGCAGUGGAGACCUGUAAGGAGAGUUUCCACAGAUUUGAUAAGUAUCUCAACUUCUCUAAUCCAAAAAUUCUUGAGAAUUUUGACGCAAAUGCUUGUGGUUGGGCGUUUGGCAUGAAUAUGUUCGACUUAAAGGAGUGGAAGAAGCGAAACAUCACUGGAAUAUAUCAUUACUGGCAAGAUCUGAAUGAGGAUAGAACACUUUGGAAACUUGGUUCAUUGCCGCCUGGACUGAUCACCUUCUACAACCUCACCUAUCCACUGGACAGGAACUGGCAUGUUUUGGGACUUGGCUAUGACCCAGCUCUUAACCUUACUGAGAUAGAGAACGGGGCUGUGGUCCAUUACAAUGGAAACUACAAACCUUGGUUGGAUUUAGCAGUCACUAAGUAUAAGUCUUUCUGGUCUAAAUAUGUAAUGUUUGAUAAUUAUUAUCUUAAAAUUUGUAACUUCAGAGAAUAGUCUAUUCUUUCUUCUCUCCUCAUUACACACACAGACACAAUUGUGUAGGAGAAAAUAGAAAAAGAAAAGAAAAAAAAUAGAAGAAACAGGAGGAUUAAAGUACCUUGUAGCCCUUACAGAAACU